AUGGCUUCAUUCGAAGGCAAGGUGAUCGCGAUUACUGGUGCAGCAUCUGGUAUAGGUCUCGCAGUUGCUAAGCUUCUAGCAAGUUGCCGUACCCAACUAUCGCUCGCGGACAUGAACAAAGCCGGCCUUGAAGCAGCUCUUGAGUCACUUCCUGGUGAUAGGCACAUAAUCACGCAAGUCGAUGUGCGUGACAGCCAAGAAGUAAACGCAUGGAUCGAGAAGACUGUUUCUGUCUUUGGUAAGCUUGACGGUGCUGUCAAUAUGGCUGGUGUCUUCACCCACGGUACAUGUCUUCGUGAAGAGACUGAUAAGACGUGGGACUUCAUCACGGGAGUAAAUGCUCGUGGUGUUUUCAAUUGUUUGAGAGCAGAGCUAAAGCAUAUGAAGUCUGGAGGUAGCAUUGUAUCGGCACCUAGUGUUGAUUGUCAAGCCGGCUUUGCUAAUGCUUCUGUAUACUGUGCAAGCAAGCAUGCUGUCAUUGGCAUGUCUCGAUCUGCUGCAAAGGAGAACGAGAAUAUUCGCAUCAACUGCGUGGCACCAGGCAGUGUCCGAACUCCCAUGAUGGAAGGCGAGGUAAUGGCCGAAGCAGUAGAGGCAGAAGUUGCGCAGCAGGCUCAAAAGCGUCCUACGGAACCCCAUAAAAUUGCAAAUUUUAUUGCUUUUCUCCUCAGUGAUAAAGCCAGAUUCGUCACUGGAGCUGUUUACAACGUCGAUGGAGGUUGGGUUGCCGAAGCUUGGGGACCAACAUAUAGCAGUAUCUUUGCUCAUCGACUGCAAGCUGUCAAUAAGACUCUAGGGUCUGAUAAGCUUCUGCAGAUUUCUGCCUUCGAUAUUAUCAAAGACGAAUAUCCUGACCCAAAGGACUUCGACGCCUUCUUGAUCACAGGUUCUAUCAAAGGCGUAUAUGACGAAGAUCCCUGGAUUGCGAGAUUGAGAACUUUCAUUCAAGAAACCUACGAGAAUCACCAACAUGUGCGGCUGUUUGGAGCUUGCUUCGGGCACCAGAUCAUCUCUGUAGCCCUGCUUGAGAAAUACGGAGUGAUUGUCGAGAAAGACCCAAAGGGCUAUGAAGUCGGCAUCCACAAAGUUGCCCUGAACCCGAAAGUCAGAGCUCAUUUUAAUCAUAUUCUAAGCCUGCCCGAGAGAGACGGAUUGCGGAUACAGUUCGCACACGGCGACCAUGUUCGGUUUGAAGCAGCAUGGCCUGAGUCGUGGAUGUCGAUAGGAAGCACGCCGCAUUGCGCCGUGCAGGGAAUCUUCCAGCCAGGACGUGUCUUGACAUUUCAGGGUCAUUUUGAAUUCACCGAGGAGAUUUCAACGGAAACGAUUAAAUAUUUCUAUACACCUGAGAGGGGAUUCACAUCUGAGCAGACCGAAGCUGCUUUGGAACAGAUUCGAGGGAAGGACGAUUCGGAAGAGGCUGCAAAAAUACUGCAUGCCUUUUUUACAGAAAGUAAUGAUAUAUAG